GCAUCAAAUUUCUAAUUCAGAAAAUAUGAUGAGACAUACAGAUCAAGGAAUCGUCCUUCUCUACUUUCUGGUGUUUGUGUCAUGGUCACUGGCUGUAUCUCAGUAUCAAAAGGUACAUGUGAUCGAUGUGGAUUACGCAGACUAUGCAUAUGAUGAUCAGUAUAUUAAUUGUGCACAUGAUUUUGAGAGGAAGAGAAUUAAGCCAUUAUUUAAAAAUGAAAUAAAAAAAAAGAACAAUUACAAUGCUUUAUGGAAUAAGGCUGCAGGUGAAUGGAAAAAAAAACAGUCACAUAUAACAAACCUUCCUCAUAAUUUCAAAAAUGAAUAUGGAAUUGCUCUGACUGCAUAUACUAUGGAAGAUAAUAGUAUAUACAGUGACCUAAACAAAGCUGUACGUGAAGCUGGAAAAAAUCUGAACAGCUUUCAUUUCAAGUAUCUUCACUUCUAUUUGACAAAGGCUUUGCAGAGUUUACGUAACAAAUCUAGUAAUAAAUGCUUUACUGUCUAUAGAGGAGUCAAUUACACAUUUGGAUCUGUGAAGGAAAAUGUACGGUUUGGAAAUUUUGCCUCUUCAUCUUUAAAUAAGACUAUAGCUGUCAACUUCAGUGAAGGAAAAGGCAUGUUUUAUGUUCAGACAUGUCACGGUGUACAAAUUGCCAACUUUUCUGAUUUUCCACAUGAAGAAGAAGUAUUAAUUCCUCCAUAUGAAGUCUUCAGAGCUACGAAGAAAAACAAUUCAUUUAUCGCACUUACAUCUGUGGACAUCUGCAGUAACUAUAAUUGUGGAAUUAAACAAGACAACUUGCACUGUAACCACCUGAAGUCUGAGGGAAUGAAACCCAAAGUGAAGAAAACACUGCAGUGGAAAAUGGGAAUGAAACCCAAAGUGAAGUCCGAUAAGAUCUCAUCACCUUAACUCUUUGUUAAAAUGUCAGGCAAUAUUUUACUUGUCCUGUUUUUCAUCAAAGAUUUUGUUAUUACAAAGAGUAGCCAAAUUAGAGUUCUCCUUCAUUUUAAAAUUAAUACGACUUAUCGCUAUUUUACAUUUUUGUCCUUUUAACGCUCAAAAAAGUCAAUUUGUUUCCAAUUGCAAGCAAAUAUAUAAUGGUGAACUCAGUAGUUAAAGUUUUCAUUGCAGAUUCAGCUAUUAUCUAGUCAAUCAAUGUCUAAUAUGUUGAAUGACUAUAGCAGCUACAUUUUCUUUUCAUUUACUGCAGUAUUGCUAUAUAUUAUGAUAACUUGAGCAAAUAAAUGCAUAUAUGUUUGCAUCAAU